CAAUGCCCAGUCAGAGUGAGACUGCAUCCAGCGUACUGAAGACACGUCGGCUCUGGCGAGUGAAAAACAAGUGAAGUCUGGAACAAGAUGGACCCUGUAGUGGCGUCCUGGCUGGCGAGGAACAGCAGCAACGCCUCGGAGCUCUGCGCCAGCGAGAGCCUGCCCGUGUCCAUCACCGUGGUCUUGUGCCUGGUCUUCUUGGCCGGCUUCAUCCUCAACACUUUCAGCAUUUGGGUGUUCUGCUGCCGGCUGUCCUGCUGGACCUCCGGGACCACCCUGCAGUUCCACCUGGCCCUCAGCGACGCCGUCGCCACCGCCCUCAUUCCCAUGAUGGCCGUGCAUGUUGCCAUGAGGGACGACUGGCACUUCAGACAGUUCCUGUGUCAAGCCAAGCUCACCCUGCUCAAUCUGCACUUUUACGGCAGCACCAUAUUCCUCACCCUCAUCAGCGUCCAUCGCUACAUGGCGGUGGUGCACUUCAAGAGGAACUCAUGCAUGAAAAGCAAGAAGUUUGUCCAAAAGCUCUGCGCAGGAAUUUGGAUUCUGAUCAUUUUUCAGUCUCUCCUAAUCGCCUUCAUUCUCAGCAAACAAGAUGAGAACAGUCUGGAGUGUGUCUCAUUCUAUCAGAGGAAUCUGACCAACAGGUACUUUUCCAUCAACUUUGUUCUGUUUACAGUCGGCUUCCUGCUUCCCUUGCUGGUGUCUGUGUUCUGCUACAGCCGUCUGGCAAUCUCCUUGAAGCACCUGAACAUCAGCACAGCAAAAGGCCUGAGAGUCAAGGAGAAGUCUCGGCACAUGAUUGGCCUGUGCCUCUUGAUCUUUGGCCUGUGCUUCCUGCCUAUGAACGUGGUGCGGACUAUAUUCGUUGUGCUCAUGAAGUAUUACCCACAGAAGUGCUCUGCUCUCCAGCAGAUGGAGACGGCGUAUUACACCACCUGGAUUUUUGCGGGCCUGAACGGCUGCCUGGACCCGCUCCUGUACUGCUUCGGCUGCCAGAGUUUUCGUGAGGCCUUCAGAUCUUUCAGGAUUGCUCAGAGAGAAUCUCCGAAAAGAAGUGACUCAGACAUGACGGCGAGUCACGACAAUCAGCUGAGGUGACAGUCAGCGUGCUUGUUGUGAUCACAGUCAAGAUAUUUUCCUAAACCAUAAAUAAGUCUAGUAGCUUUUUAAAGUAAGAAACUGAUUUUCUUUGAUUUAACACCGGCAGCUUUCUCCCAUGUUUUUGGUCUCACUGGACUUUCAUCAGAAGGAAGAACUGAUAUUUUGAG